GGGCCACACAUCACAUGUGACUCUUGUCCAUGUUAGGGCGACAUACAGGUGGACAGGUGUGACCCUUUACUCAUUUUGGUGCUGUAGAAUCGAUCCACCUUAUCAACGCUGAACUGCAGAACCAACUUUACUCCCUUUAUUCUUUUUGGUACUGCAGUCGUUUAGAACCAAGUCUCCGCUCAACAGAACGGCUCUGACCUCUGGGGAUUACUUACGUUUCACUCUGGAGUCCUUCUUUUCUUCUGUCGACCUCUGACCUGACGAAGACCUCGAGCAUUUCUAGGGUGCGAUGACGGCCGAGGGGAGACCCGAGGGGUUCAAGGAGCCCCCCUCCAUCAGUGGCAGCGCCAGCAACGUCCGAGUCCAAGCCCCGACCAGGUGCUGCGCCCCCAGUCUAAAGAUGUUCAUAGGCGUGCUGGCACUGUGCUACUUCUCCAAGUCUCUCUCGGGCAGUUACACCAAGAGCACCAUCACGCAGAUCGAGCGCCGCUUCGAGAUUCCCAGCUCCACCGUCGGCAUCAUCGACGGCAGCUUUGAGAUGGGUAACCUGCUGGUGAUCACCAUGGUGAGCUACUUUGGAGCCAAGUUCCACAGGCCAAAGAUCAUCGGGACAGGAGCGCUACUGAUGGCAAUGGGCACCUUCCUCAUGGCCCUGCCACACUUCCUCAUGGGCAGAUAUGACUAUGAGACAGUAGCGCUGAGGACCUACGGUGCUGAUAACUCCACCUCCAGCUCCCCCUGCUCCACUACCCCCUCCCAGGGUACCAUAUCACAGCCAGCACUCGGGUGUCAGGUUGGUGAGGAGGAGGGUUCCCCCAUGUGGGUAAUGGUUCUGGUGGGUAAUAUCAUACGUGGUAUUGGCGAAGCCACCAUUGGCCCUCUAGGAGUGGCUUUCAUUGACGACCACGCCCGCCCAGAAAACUCUGCCUUCUACAUUGGAUGCUUGCACACCAUCGCGGUGAUUGGCCCUCUGUUCGGCUAUUCUCUGGGCUCUCUCUGUGCCAGAUUAUAUGUGGACAUCGGCUUUGUCAAUCUGGACAGCGUGACCAUCACGCCGCAGGACUCUCGCUGGGUGGGGGCAUGGUGGCUGGGCUACGUGGUGGCAGGAGGACUCACCUUCCUCACCGCCCUCCCCUUCUGGUUCCUGCCCCGUGCCCUGCCCGAGGACCCUCGGCCCCCCCACACCCAGGACCAGAACCAGGAUGAGGAGGACCAGGACCCCCCAGCGCUGGAGCCGCUCAACCCCCACCAGGAGGAAGAGACAAAGACAAUCAGUGAGGUCGCCAAGGACUUCCUGCCUUCUCUGAAGCGCCUGUUGACCAAUAAGAUCUACAUCUUCUACAUGAUCUCCAACAUUGUGAUGUUCAACGCCUUCGUCAUUGUCAUCACAUACACUCCCAAGUUCUUCGAGCAGCAGUAUGGACAGAGUGCCUCCAAGACCAACUUCCUUAUCGGCAUAUGCAGCAUGCCUGCGGUGUCCCUGGGCAUCUUCCUGAGUGGUGUGAUCAUGAAGAAGUUUAAGCUGGGGCUGCUGGGUGCGGCGCGCAUCGCCCUCCUGACCUCCAUCGGCGGCUUCCUGCUCACGCUGCCCUUCUUCGCUCUCAGCUGCAGGAACUUAGACGUGGCCGGCUUGACCACCCCCUACUCAGGGUCAAUAGUGGACGGUGGGCUGAUGUCAUCAGCAGUGGAUGGUGGGGUGGUGUCAUCAGCAGUGGACGGUGGGGUGGUGUCAUCAGCAGUGGCCGGCGGGGUGGUGUCGUCCUGCAACAGCGCCUGUGGGUGCCAGCAGAGCCAGUGGGACCCAGUGUGUGGGCAGGACGGGGUCACUUACGCCUCUCCGUGCCUGGCAGGAUGCAGCGGCACACUAGGAACAGGCAGGAACAUGACGUUCCACUACUGCAGCUGUGUCCAAAGUUCUGGCCUGAGUCUGGGGAACUCCUCUGCUGUUCUUGGGCAGUGUCCGCGGGAGAACGCCUGUUCCACCAUGUUCUCCAUCUACCUGGUCCUGCAGGGCGCCAGCUUCUUCGUCUACUGCCUUGGCAGCACGCCCAUGUUCAUCAUCACUCUCAGGAGUGUGGAACCAGAACUGAAGUCGCUGUCUGUGGGAGUAUUUAUGCUGAUGCUACGAGUCCUCGGGGGUAUCCCGGCACCCAUGUACUUCGGAGCGUUGAUUGACUCUACCUGUCUAAAGUGGGGGACCCGCAGGUGUGGAGGACGAGGGGCAUGUAGGUUCUAUGACAUCAACACCUUCAGGUCCCUGUUCCUGGGCAUGAUCACCGGUCUGCGUCUCCUCGGGUACGUCCUCUUCUGGGUGGCCAUCGUCCAGAUCAAAAGGACCUUAGUGAAAGCACGCCGCGCCCAGGACAUUGAGCUGCAGAAGGCCCAAGGGAGCCAAGCUGAGGGUCAGGCAGCCAAUGAGACAGAGAGGAGCAGCAUCAGUGAGAGGCGACCAACCAAUGGGAGUGAGAAGAUGAGCGUGAUUGAGAGGCGACCAACCAAUGGGAGUGAGGAGAUGAGCAUCGAUGAUAGGCACACAGCCAGUUGGAAUGACAAGAUGGAUAUCGAUGAAAGUAAUGCAGCCAAUGGGUGUAAGAAGAUGAACAACAGUGAUAAAAAUCUAAGUCAAAUCUCAGACUGAUAACGGAGUCGUUAAUAAUUUAGUAUCUCAGGAAGUGUGUUGGAAUCCCUUUCAGUGGCAGUUGGCUCAACCUCUGUUGUUUUUAAAUAUGCUAUAUAAAUAAAUGACUUGACUUGACUUUCAGUGACUGAAAUCUCACAAAGUUCUAUUAAUGACAGCUUUGACUAAAAACAUUCAGUUCUUUAUGUCAAUGGAAAUCAAAUGUUAUACUGGGUAAUCCAAUCUUAGUCUGUUCACUAUGUCUCAGCCUUAAUGUAUGUCAUAAUGUAAUUUUCAAGUCAUGUGUAUGGAUCACAAUUCCCAGGAGAAAGACAGAGCAGUGUUGUCUUUUUCUGGACCAUAUAUUCCAAUAGAUGGCAGCACUUAGCCUGGAAAUGAAGCCACCUUCUACAAUGUAGGCAAUUGUAGGAGCUUUGUCACUUCUCAUCAAAACAGCAUUUUUAGAGCCCUUGCAGUAUGAGUGUACUGGGUAUAUAUGAUAUACAUGUUCUAUAAAACAAAUAAAAUUAUAAAUAUCCCUUUUGCAUUAUA